AUGUCCCCCGGGCCGUCCGUCUGGCCGGCUCAGGACGAACUUCAGUCGCGUUCCCCCGUUGAUUCCCAACCCAGAGAAUCUCGUCCUCGACGGUCGCGUCGCAAGAAGGACGAGGAGGCCGAUCCCGACCGAAAGGACUCCAAAUCCUCCAAAUCCUCCAAAACCAAGGAGAAAGACCGGGAGAAGAGCAAAGACAAGGAUAGUAAUAUCAAGGAAAUCGACAAGGAGAAAGACGUCGACCAGAAAGAGGCCAAACGGGGCAAUCGUCGCCCGCGGGACAAAUCCGUCUCGACGCCGAACCAUUCUGCGAGCAAUUCUUCUUCGGCUCCUUCUCGCAAGAAGCCCAAACUGGAAGAGACGCCGCCAGAACCUCCCUCGAUUGCUGCAUCGACUACUGCUGCUGCUGCUACGCCAGCGCCCAGCACUCCGGCGGCCAGUCCUCCAGCUCCAGCUGCCCCGGCUGCCUCGUCCUCCAUUCAUCCUCAUCCUACCCAGUCGCACCUGCAACAACCGCCUCGCCCUCCUUUGCACUCGUCCUCUUCGCUGUCUCCAUCAUCCCAUCCUGCACCGCCUCCUCCGGCCCCCGUCCAGUCCUACCCUACAAUGGCCCCUGUAGGUCCUCCUCCGCGUCCUCAAUCUCAGCCUCCACCCCCGCCCCCAGCAAGGACGAGCGGCCAGAACUUCGAUCCCAUUCGAUCGGCCUUUGAUACGGCAUCCCCGGCUCCAGCUCUGGUGUCUACCCCGGUUCCCGGUGCUUCUUCUACCUUCAGUCCUCCGGCACACCCGCCCUCGCCGCGUCCCCCGUUCCGCGCCAGUGCAUCUCCGGCCAUUGCCAGCAUCAUCGAUCCUCCCACAAACUCCUCGCCGCCUGUCUAUGCUCCCCGACGCUAUGUCUCACCCAGUCACGGCGCCUCGGCCUAUUCGCUCUCCCCUGGUACGACCCCGGCAAUAGCUCCCACACCGCCGCCGCCGCCGCAGCAGCAGCAGCAAGUCCCUCAACCCCGGCCGGUAUCACCCUACGCUCACCGAUCGCCAUACGCACCUCCCCCACAGCCACAGCCGCUAUCUCACGAAUCCCCAUCAGCUGGUCCAUCUCCCAAGAUCCAACCUGGACCGCCGCUACCACCUCCGAUGUCUGAACCUGUGGUGCCGAUCGCGUCGAACGCCAACAAGCGGGCGCUGUCCCCGGAACCAACGCCGAUGGAUGUCGACGCAGAACCGUCGGCACCAGCCACCGCACCUGCCAAAGCUCCGAAGAAGGAUCCCAAGGCCCCUCCCUCGGCCCCACCAUCGAACGCGACGUCGCCAAAGCCACCUCGUGCGGCGAAGGAGGCUCCUCCCCCGUUACCCCAAGGUUCUGGCUUGAUAUCCAAUGCACUGUUUGGUGUCGGUGAUGGGUCUUCCACGGGCGAGUCCGCUUCCCGGCGUACUCCUAACAUCAUCCUCCAUAUCCCGUUACAGGGAAAUGGCGACCGGAUUGUCAAUUUCGCUCGCCUGGCCGAGGAGCAGUAUGGGUUUGCGGCACUCCAUCCUCGUCUUGCUGCCCACAAGGAACGCCUGGCUCGUGUGGCGGCCGCUGGCGCUGCGUUGGAGCGGAACGACAAGUCUGGACGAGGGCUCUCUGCCGGAGAGAGUGCAGACGAAGAUCUAAGCCUUGAAAUGGAUCGUGAUAGUGAUCUCGAUGGGGAAGGCACGAUGGCCGCUUCCGCUGCUCGAACGAAUGGCCCGGAGGCCACGGAGGGGAAAAAGAAGCGUCGCAAGAAGAAGAUGGAAGAAUAUGAUCGAGACGACCCAUUUGUGGAUGACAGCGAAUUGGCCUGGCAGGAACAGGCUGCCGCCAGCAAGGAUGGGUUCUUCGUAUACAGUGGGCCUCUGGUGCCAGAGGGGGAAAAGGUCCAGGUAGAACGCGCCGACGGUACCAUCAAACGCGGCCGUGGUCGCGGACGCGGUGGUCGGGGUCGAGGCCCGCCAUCCGCUCAGCAUCAAGUGCCACUGGCGGCCGCAGUUCCAAUAUCCCAGGAAACAGGCCUCCCGCUUCGAGGUCCUGGGUCGCGAGGAGGCAAUCCGCGUCGUCCGCGGACAAAGGCGGCCCGUCAGCAAGCGGACCAUGACAAGCCGGGUGGAACAUCGGCGACAACGCAAGGACGGGGUGGUGGUGUCGCUGGUCGCGGAGGGUCGACGAGCAGCCGAGGAGGAAAGACACCGUCGUCUAUGCUCGAGCUGGCUCCGCGACCCAAUCUUGCCUCUUCCCCGACGGGGUCAGCUCCCGAAUUGACAACGAAAUAG